UUACAGAAAGAUCUGUUAUCCAGAAAACCGCAAGUCCCGAGCAUUCCAGAUAACAGAUCCUGCACCAAUGUCAGUGGUGCUUCCUCCUGUGCCAUUUGCAGCUUUACUACUUGUUUGUAUCUGAAAUUAAGCGACAGAUUUAAAAGAUAGUAAUGGAGACAUGAGCUUGAAAUGAAUGCCUAUGAAAAGUCUGCACUGUAUUGUCUGGUGUUUGACUACGUGAAAAGUAAAUCAUCUGAUAUGUUCAUAACAACUUCAAACUCUCAUCACAAUGAUCCCCGAGCUUUCAGCAAAGGAGGAAUGCAUCUGAAGUCUAUUCCACUGGACAAAAUUCCACCCAAUACUUUGACUCCAAUCAAAGAUCUGGAGAAACUGUGCAUAGAAGAGCCAUGCUCCUCAAGGACUCAAGCCAAAAAGCCCAAUCAGUUGCUUCCCACAACAACAGCUCUUCAGUCAACACUGAUUCAAGAUGCAACUUGUCCUCUUGAGUUUCCAAAUCUCAGUGUUAUAAAGCCAAGUGGUGGCCCACAAGAAAAUGAAUCCUGUAGGAAUGAUCCAGCACCUCUUGGAACUUUGGGUUAUUUUCCUUCCAAUGACCAUGAUUUUGUUCUUGAAUCUCCAGCCAAAAUCUUUCAGAGGAUGAAGGCAUUCUCUGCUCAAGAGAAACGGCUUCAAACACCCAUUAAAAAUAACAGACUCUCUGAUCUUAUAAACUGCCAACGUGACAUGAUACUGACGCCUAUCACAAAUCUAUCCGUUUAUAGCCGAGAGCGAGGCAGCCGAGAAUUUCGUAAGCAAUCAAUGAAUACCAAUGGGAAACCUGCCUGUAGUAACAUGUAUUUAGACUCGGAAAUACCUACCGACAUCCUAACUGCAUCUCCAGCAAAAAUAUUCCUCCUAAUGAAAGAGAAAUCUUUGGAGCGGCAAAAGUUAAUCCAUAAAGAUGCCACACCGAGUCAGAACCCCAAGGGAGUAGAUGUUAAUACACCUAACACUGGCUUAAACCUUGUCUCUGCUGCCGAGAACCCUAAGGAACCAGCAAAAAAUGCGGAUUUCCUGAAAGUUAGUGAAGAGUGUAUCGUGAGCAGCACAAAUCCCAGCCCAGACAUAGCGCUGCGUGAAAAAGGAAAUGAGGCAGAUGAUGAAAUGUCUCAACAAAGCCAGUUAAGUUCACUCCAGAAUGAAACAUUGACUCCAGAAAUCUGUAAACUGACAAGUCCAAAAAAGAGCAGGGAGAACAUGAAAACCACAAAUGAACACUUGAAUAACAAAACAGGUUUUAUGGUGCAGCCCAAGCUCAUGCCAGGAAUUGAGACACUGAAGAACCUUGGCAUUAAAGGUUCCACCAUAUGCCCUGAAAUGUGCGAUAUUUUACUAAUCUCCCCUAAAAUGCAUAUUCCAAGAAAGCAAAAGUCCAGAGAAGAAGUGCCAGCUGCCGUUCUUUAUCCCGAUACAAACAGGAGUAAUUCAAAAGGAGAGGAAAACAUUCUCUUGACUGAGUGGAUUGUAACAUUUUCCGGUAAAGCUGGUGUGUGCUUAGAGGGGAAGCGAGUCAGGGAUGCCUCAGGGCUGUAUUGGCACAGUAAUGUAAUAGUAGAACGGAUCCAGAGUGAUAAAGUGAAGACUUUUUCUGGUCGUGUCUAUGAACUGAAAGGGGAGGCUGAUAAAUCCACUAUGCAGUUGGAAGGAUUCCCCCCUUGGUUUGUGCAAAAGUUUGCUUCAGGCUUUCCAGAGGACUGGAAGACUCAUGUGGAUCGUGUUCUGAAGGAAAGCCAAAGGGCUGAAGUAAAAGUAAGAAUAGUUAACCAUAUGAAGAGCGCAGAUCUUAAACAAAAUAGCGUGAAGGACAUUCAAGAACGGGCUAAGCAUUGCCAUUCCAGUUCAAAAUCAAAAGAACUUCUGAAUCUCCUGCCUAGCUCUCCCACCAUGGACUCCAGGUUCAACCUUGGUGAUACUGACCAGAGAAAAACCAGGGCCUACAGUGCUUUGCGCACAGAGCCAAAAAGCAAUGCAUCAAAGACUGUGCAGAGUGGAAGUGCAGAUGGCUGGGAUUCCAGUAACUCUGAUACUGACCGUGAAAAUACUAGGAGAAGAAGGAAAAUUGUAUCAAAGCAGCAUACUUCUAAGUUACCCAAUAGCCUUUCCACCACCAACGCCCAAACCAAUCCUAUCCAUAGUAACAACUGUACAUAUGAUUUGUCGUCCGAAGAAUCACAAGACAAUGUAUCAACCAACGUUCCAAAAGAAAGGUUGGCACUGGUUAAGAGCAGGAAUGCAGUUACAGACCGACAGACUAAGCACCUUUCUGUAUCAGAACAAUCGCACUCAUCACUUCUCCCUAGACCUUUCUCCAAAAGCACAAACCACACUCCCGUUCUAGCAAAAAAUUCAACAUAUGAUGUGUCUCCCUCUGAAAGUGAUGUCCACAUGCAUUCGCGCGCCAUUAGACGCUCCACUAGAAAUUCAGCAAGUGGAAAGCAAAGGGCAUCACCGCUGUCUAAUGAUACCAUCGUGAGCCGCAGUGGCCGACUCAUUAAACCUGUCCUGAAAUACUGGUGUGGAGAAAGAGUGGUGACUGACCGGAACUUAAACUUUGUAAUUGAUGAAGGAUCAACAAAUUAUCUAGAGGCAGAGACCAGUCUGGUUAAACGAAAGUCUGAAACUAAAUGCAAAGAGCCUCUCACUCCCAAGGAGUUGGGCAAAAAUUCCCUGAGACUGAACAAAUCCAAUUUAAACAUGGAGCAGCAGCAGAGAUCAGAGACACAACUUAAAAAAACGAUUUGGAAAGAGAAGGCUUGCUCAGAAUCCCCAAACCCAUCACAGACAGAAGAAAGCGACACUGAGGAGCGUCCAAGAAAAGCACAAAAAUCUCCUGUGGUAUUGCUGACACCAAUUCAUUCAAAAAGUCAAUUACGGGAAAAGUGCGUUAAGCAUAAUGUCCAUUACGAAAGUUUUGAAGAGACUGCCACGGACACAAGUGUCUUUGAAAGUGAAAUCGACACACGGACGACACUAGUGAAGAAUUCUAAUGGGGAUGGGAUUGCUAAGUCGCCACGUAUUGCCCCUGUCAUUCUGGGGGAUAAAUUGUCUGAGACUGAAUCAUCAGAAGAAGACAGUCCGUCUGCUCAUAUUUCUGUUAAAAGGAAGCCAAGAUCUUUAUCCAAAAAUAGCAUAAAUAAAUGUAAGCAGGACUUGCACACUGCGGGAGACAAAUACGGUUCUGUAGAAUUUCUCAAUAAUUUGAGAAGUUCUCCAAAAGAGUCCCUAAAACAAAAAGACCCUCACCAUAAAAGAAGCAGGACAUAUAAAGCUGCACCACAAAGCAAUGAUCUUACAAGCUCUGCUGACUCGGAUAAGGAGAAAAGACCUAACACACGAAAAUCUGCUGUUCAGAAAAAUCGGAGAUCUCAAAGGAAAGCUAGUCGCUCAGCACGGCGGGCUUGUAGGUCUAUCCUUGAGGACUCGGAAGAAACAUGCAGUUCAGAUAAUGAUCAGCAGCAGCCAAAGCACCCCACAGCUAGAAGUUCUUUGGGCUCCAUAAAAACUCCUGCUUCAAGAUUAGUUUUAAGUAAAAAGAUAAGGAGUCUACCGAGAAACCAGGGCUCUACUGUGUCCUUUCCAAAAAUGAAUCAUGGGGAGGAAUGGACAGAGAAAGAAGUUGAGCGUCUUUACAAGGCUGUUUCCUCUCUGCCAAAACAUAAAAAUGGAUUCUGGGUAGACGUGGCUAUGUCUGUAGGCAGCCGCUCUGCAGAGGAAUGUCAGGAAAAAUACCUAGAGAAGCAACAGUCAAAGGCAACCAAAGCCCAAUCCAAAAAGAAACCUGGGGCGAGAAACAAAGAAGUAAAGGGGAGUGGCUCAGAGGAGAAGCCAGUGAAAAUAACAGCUAAAGUAGGAACUCUCAAAAGAAAGCAGCAAAUGAGGCAAUUUCUAGAACAAAUUCCAAAGGAUGACCAUGACGACAUUUUCACUGCUACACCGUUCCAGACCAAGAGAGUGAAGUUGCCAACAUUUAGAACAAGUCAAGAGGACGAUGUCUUCCAGCUGAGCAACACUGACCCAACGACACCUUCUUCAAGUAUUUUCCCCUUGGCUUAUACUCCCCAGUGUGAGCACAUUAGCCCUGGAAUGCUGGGCUCCAUCAACAGAUCAAACAAUGACAAAUAUAUGUACAGAAUGCAGAAAACCACCAAAGGUGCAUUAUCCGGAUGGGGAAAAUUAAAUAAAAAACCUGUUGGUGCUUCAUACGCCACUCCAAUUUCUCGACGGACAGCAGCACAAGGCAAAGCACACAAAGGCUGCAGAGAUACAUCGGUCAUUGGAAAACUCUUUAAAUCUGAUGGACCUGCGGCACCAGAUGAUGAUGAUGAUGAUGAAGAAGAGGACUAUUAUUUUUCUAACCCCUCUCCAUAGGCAAAGUAACAACUCGUCUCCUAAUUUUCCUGCCUAGAACAAACAUUUUAUUGCUGAUCCUGCCCAUUUAAAUGCUGUUGAUUUCAGUAUCUGCAAAAGAAAGAAAAAAAAAAAAGCUUUGUCCCUUUAAAAGCAAUAUAUUGUACAUAUGUAAUCAUUCUCCGCUGGGAUUCAUUUAAUAGUGUAUAUUGUUUCAGGUGGAAUUAUUGAAUAAAUUGGCAGCUAUUGAAUUUAUUUCUGUGCUUUGUAGAUAAAACAUUCAUCCAUUUUAAA